AGAGAGGGUGGAGAAGCCAAGGAGAGAGUUCAAGGACUGUUAACCUUAUGGACAACACUUCUGGUGCUAGAAGAGAAGAACAUUAACUCUGGCUUCUCUGACAAGAACAAGGUCCUGGCCUCACUGAUUUCAUGCGAUUGAAUAAGACACAGGCUUCCCAGCGAUGACCAGCCCGGUGACACCGUAGCUGAAGGACACUUGUGCUGCCAGGGGGGUUCAACGUGCUGCUGGUGAUCCCAGAAGAUCCUCCUUGCUGAGCCCAAGGGCUGAUGCAUCCCCCUUCCCUGCUCCGGUGCCCAACUCCUGCAUCCCAGGAUCCUUUCCCCACCACCGGGAAUGAGGGUGUCUCCUGCUCGUUGGCUCUCGGCCUCGCUUGCCAUAGGAGAGGUUUCAGGCUGGCGAUCGGCAGCUGAGCAGCACAGUGCCUGCUAUGGCUGGUUGGUUUAAGCGGCUCCUGCACAAGCCCAAGCCGAGGUCAGUGGAGAGCAGCCUCAACACCAGCCACUCUUCUUCCUCCUCCCCUUCCUCAUCCUCUGCUGAGAGCUCCAGCACAAGCCUGACCCGGUCCACCCGCUCAUCACCCGUGUUGGUAUCGGACAUCACCGCCUCGGGCAGCGCCCGCUGGGCUAAGAGCUACGACGUCUGCAUCUGCCACAGCGAGGUGGACCUGGAGGUGGUGGAGGAGCUGGUGUCCUACCUGGAGGGGCAACCCGAAAGCUUCCGCUGCUUCCUGCAGCUGCGGGACGCGGCGCCGGGCAGCGCCGUGGUGACGGAGCUGUGCGAUGCUGUGCAGAACAGCCACUGCUGGGUCAUGCUCAUCACUCCCGGCUUCCUCCAGGAUCCGUGGUGCAAGUACCAGAUGCACCAGGCACUGGCCGAAGCGCCGAUGGCCAACGGGCGCACCAUCCCUGUGCUGAAGGACGUGGAUCGGAAGGAUUAUCCCAAGGAGCUGCGGAACCUCUACUACAUCUACAUGAAGGAGAACAGCUUCAGGCAGAUCAGGGACACUGUUGUGCGCUACCUCCAGGACCUGUGCCGGAGCUCCAUGAGCACAACGGAGUAGUGCACAACAGAUCUGGAUGCGACCACAUCCCAAAGGACCUUUUGGGGUGAAGCUGAGCUCCUCAGAGCAGACCUGGGAACCGAAUAUGGACACUUGCCUGCAUCCCUGGAGGACAGAUGCCCACAUCUGUGUGGCCAAACCCCUCUCAGAGGGGACAGGGACACCCCGGUCCCCACUGCUUAUUGUGCAAACACUAAGCUCUGAUGUAUGGAGGCUCGGGGAGGGUCUUUAAAGCUCCUGAUGGGGCUCAGACCCUCAGUAAACUGACGCAGCGGCGGCCCGGCCUUUACACGCGUUCUCUGGGACAACAUAAAUGCAGAAGUUUUAUAUUUUGA